GGUUUCCAUUCCAACCAACCUACCUUCUAUCAAUUGGAUCCUGAGCUUUUCCAGGACAGAAAUUCUUCAUCAUCUCGAUUUCGUUGUCAACGUCAACUUCGCAUCUAGAACCCUUAUCCUCUACGAUACCCUCCUCAUCGAUGCGCCCAAGCCCCCGGCCAGCUGUCCAAACGUUUGCUUCAUCUUCAUAGAUGUUAAAUCAACAGAUAUGGAUGACAGCGAGCGACGAACCGCGAAGCGAUCGCGAUUUGACCAGACCGAGCCAGAGCCGCGCCGCUCUCGAUUUGAUCGUAGGUCGCGGUCGCCCCCUGCAAAGAAGUUCGACCAUGGCCGAGACCGCAGUCCUCUAGACCGUGGUGCCGAUACUACGCCAUCUGAGCCGAAGAAAGGCUCUGUAGAUCCUGCUGCUGCAGCAGCUGCCGCUGCCGCUAAGAUUAACGCGCAGAUCCAGGCGAGGAAGGGGAUUCAACAUGUAGACGUACCGCCAAUCAAGUCCUCUACUUCGGUCUCUCCCGGUGCUCCGAAUACCGCCAGCCCACCACCACCCACUACCACAUCUGGAAACAUAAACAGCGACAUGUACAUUGCCGAUGGUGACUAUAUCAAGGACAUCGAAGUGAACAACUUGCGUAACCGAUACCUACUCACCAAGAGUGCCACGCAGAAGAUGAUCAAAGAGGAAACAGGAGCUGAUGUCACAACUCGCGGGAAUUACCUACCGGACCGGACCAAGACAGCCUCUUUGGGCCCUCCUCUCUACCUCCAUGUCACAAGUACCACGAAGGCUGGCCUCGAGGCAGCCGUCAAGAAAAUUGAGGAGUUGAUGAAGCAAGAGCUUCCUAAUUUGGUUGAUGAGCGACGCUUCCGCCGCCGAGAUCAAGAGCAGGUUGAACGCGAUGAGUUUGGACGGCGUAAAUGGCCAGAGGCAAAGAUACCGAUCAAUCUCGAGGAGAUCCGUGGUUUCAAUCUCCGAGCCCAGGUGGUGGGGCACGGCGGCUCUUACGUGAAGCAUAUUCAACAAGAGACCGGAUGCCGCGUCCAGAUCAAGGGUCGUGGUUCUGGCUACCCGGAAGGCCCAACCAACCGUGAGAGCGACGAGGACAUGUACCUCCACGUGAAUGGCCCUGACCCUAAGAUGGUUGACAAAGCCAAGGCUUUAUGUGAAGACCUAAUCGAGAACGUCAAAGAGCAGUACGAGGCGUUCAAGAACAGACCGCCGCGCUCUCACUACGGCGGCCAUGGUGGCAGCUACGGAGAGAGAUCCUAUGGAGACCGGUCCUACGGCGGUGAUAGAUACAGCGAUAGAGCAGGGAACGACUCAGGAAAUUACGGCGGAUAUAGCAAUUACAACAACUCCCCAGCUCCUGCUGCCGCUUCUGCCUCGCCCGCGCCUCCUUCGCAAAGCAGUCCACCUGGCGCAAACGCGGAUUAUGCCACCCAGUACGCUCAGUACUACAACGGCCAGGAUCCCUACGCUGCAUACGGCGGCUACGCGGCGUAUGUGCAAUACUAUCAACAAUACUAUGCCGCUACCCAGGCAGCCCAACAAGGAACUACACCUCCUGUGCCUGGCACCUCGGUUUCUCCUCCCCCACCACCGCCAAGCGAAGCUCCGCCGCCACCUCCCCCUCCCGCCGGAUCUGCGCCUCCUCCACCUCCGCCACCUGCUGGAUCACCUCCGGGAGCUGGGAAUUAUAGUGCCGUCCCCCCCCCUCCCGGACUGUGAGUCUCGAAGGGCUGGUAAUUUGAUGGGCUAGGUGGCCAUGUAUAGUAGCGGAAGACGUGGCGGCUGACCUGGCGAGAGACGCAAACCUGGAAAAGACGGGGGGCGGCAUUCCGUGCUAGAGCACCUGAGUAGUCUAGGCAUCGCCCCAAUAAGCUUCGUCACCUUCUAUGUAGACAAUGAUCGGAGACAUCGAUCCGAAUUGCUCUUGAUUGCCUCGGCUUCGCUUCGCCCAGGCAGAUAUUUAUGAAAUGCGUGUUUGUCCCGGCUCGCCACGUAGCCAAACGCCCGUGGGUAUGGGCACCUGGCCUCCGGCCUCACGCAGGAUGGUUGGCAGCAUUAGGCAAGGAUGGAUGGCUGCAAUCUAUAUUAUAGGUAGGCAGGUGCCGAAAGUUGAUUCAUCGAUAGGCUAGGUAACUACCUAUGUACCUACCUGCCCAGGGUACCUAUAUUGGGUACCUAAAGUAACCUAAUGGAAGCGGGCCAAUUGGAAGCUUGGCCAUGCCCAGCGGGGGACCUCCUGGCAAGGCACCUUGAUUAGGAGAGAGAUGCUGCCCUUAGCGAUACGACA